AUGAAACUUACGCCCGAGCUCAUCGCACAAGCACCGUCUUCCUUGAAUGCCCUUAAGGAACGGCAACUUGACCUUCGAGGCUAUAAAAUCCCUGCUAUCGAAAACCUUGGUGUUACCAAGGACCAGCAUGAUGCUAUAGAUUUGACAGAUAACUCGAUUGUCGCGCUCGGAAACUUCCCCCUACUCAGACGCCUCCACACACUUCUCAUUGCGAACAAUCGAAUAGCAUCCAUAUCCUCUUCGAUCCACUUAUCUACUCCAAACCUCACGACCCUCGUCCUCACCAAUAACAACAUACAGGAGUUGGGAGACCUGGAACCGUUGAGGGAGCUUAAGGGACUGAAGUAUCUAACCUUGUUGGGAAAUCCAGUGCAGGAAAAGAAAUGGUAUCGGGAAUGGAUUGCUUGGAGAAUACCAGGGCUAAGAGUUCUAGAUUUCCAGCGCAUCCGGGAUAAGGUACCGUCCCUGCCGCCUUUACAUGAGCGCAAAGCAGCAAAAGGGUUGUUCUUAACGGCCGAUGGACUGGAGAACUCGCUGGCGAGCUCACUAUCAACAACAGCUUCUACCCAAUCCACCAAGCAGACAAUAUCGACAGAUGAGCCACGGCUAGCGGUCGCACCAGGGAAGGCAGGUCGGCUGAUGUCAAAAGAAGAGGCGGACAAGGUGAAGGCGGCCAUUGCAAAGGCUACUUCCAUCGAAGAGAUCAGAAGGCUCGAAAGGAGUCUGAAAGAGGGCUUCGUCCCAAGUCUGGAGGCUGUUGGUGCAUAG